UUCAGAUCAGUUGAUGCAAAAGAAAUAUUUUGAUAUCAAUAUGGCUGGAAAUCCUUAUAAAAACUACCUUCUUUCUGUUUUCCAGAAUGUUGACCAGGAUCGCAGUGGUACCAUAGACGCUCAGGAGCUACAGACUGCUCUCUCUAAUGGCCACUUUACUCCCUUUAACCUCGACACUGUGAGACUCUUGAUAGGUAUGUUUGACAAAGCCAACAGGAAUGUUAUUAUGUUUGAAGAUUUUAUUCACCUAUGGAAAUUCUUGUUGGACUGCCAUCAUGCAUUCCUGUCCUUUGACCAAGACAACUCCAACAACAUCAACAAAGAAGAACUAAAAACUUGCCUCACUACUGCUUUUGGUUACAGCUUCUCAGAGCCAUUUAUUGACGUGCUGGUGCAGAAGUUUGACAGGACGGGGGAAGGCGUAAUCUAUUUUGAUGACUUCAUUCAGUGCUGCAUUGAGCUACAGGAUGGUAUUUGUGCUAAUUGUUCCCAAUUCAAGCUGAAGAACAGGUUCUUGCUGGCCUUUGAAUUGUGA